AUGAAUAAGGCUAUAUUCAUCCAAUGGUGGCUUACAACAACAUAUGGACAGAAACCACGAGCGGAACAUCCCCGGUGGGAUAAAAGGGGCUUAAUAUCCGAGGUUUGGACACACUUUGAACAGGGCGCAGAGAUCUCUACUGGUAGACCAUAUAUUACCUGUAAGGACUAUGGCCAGAUCUACGCGCAUAGUCCUAAAAAUGGGACGAAUAUUAUGACAAGGCAUAGAGAAAGAUACCUACCAAAGGGUAAGCUAAAUCAGAGAAACAUCCAGGCGGCUAUCCGUACCCAGGCUCUACGCGCUCCCCCGCCCGACAAGAAGCAGCUUUUGGUCACAAUCACAAGCCUUCGUCUACCAUUCCAGAUCAUCGAAAACCAGCACUUUCGAGACCUUUUACGCUUAACCCAACAAGCCCCUUCCCUCCCUAUCAUCCAAACGGGUAAAACCCUUACUCGUCAGCUUCAAAGCACCGUCCAAAUCUAG